UCAGACUGGACUUACCUGUCAAUUAUACAUAAAGAUCCAGCUGUACUUGCCUCCUGUCAAAAAAGUCAACCGUGCCUUCUGAGCCAUUCAGUUUUUGGACUUGGCUUUUUGACUGAUUUUUUUUCCCACCUGUUCCCAAUCUGUGCCUCUCUGCUUACUUCAUACCUUCAUCCCAGCCUUUUUCUGCAUUACCUUCAACAAAAGUUUCAGUUCUUGGUCAUGGAUGAUUUUGUGCAUAAGAAAUUGAUUGAAUGGGAUCUGGAAAAGUGGAUGGAUACAUUUGAAGAUAAAGAAAUCACAGAGGAAAGUUUCUAUGAACUUAACGAUGAACUCAUAGAUAAACUGAUUCCAAAAGCUGGACCACGAAUAAAAUUCAAGAAGAGACUCAAGCAGUUAAAGGAGCAAGAAGAAGCACCUGAUUUAGAUCAGGUUUUGCCAUCCACGAGUGAUGAAGGCAACAAAAUAAUAUUUUUGAGUCUCCAAUCAGGAAAGCGAAAGUUUGAACAUCAGGACAAGUCCAGCGAACUGCAACCACCAGCUAAAAGACAACGUAGCUGCAAACCACGAUCAUUCUUAGAAACAAUCAUACUAUCUGAUGUAAAAUACAUCAUGAGGUAUGUCCAUGACAAACUACAUGACCAAGACAAGCUCAGUGUUUUCCUGAAGAAAAAAAUCUGUGAUUUGGAGACAGACAAGAGGGAGCUGGUUGGUGUCUUUGGUAAAACUGGAGCUGGAAAAAGUUCUCUGAUAAAUGCCAUCAUUGAAGAGAAGAAUCUUUUGCCCUCUGGAAGCAUCAGUGCAUGCACCUCAGUCAUGAUAAAAGUGGAGGCUAACAUGCACAGCUCUAACUAUGAGGCAGACAUUGAGUUCAUCACAAAAGAGGAGUGGAAAGAUGAGUUGGGGUCAUGGCAGCAGAUUCUUGGGGAUAAUGAAGACGAUAAAAUGGAAGCUGAUGAUGAUUAUCGUGACAUUACUGAAAAGCUGUCAGCACUCUACGGAGAAGAAUGGAAACAAAAGUCCACUGAAAACCUCAUGAACAGCAAAUAUUUCAAAGAAAUUCCCGAAUUUCUCCAAUGCAGAAGGAAGAUUUUGACAUGUGAAUCAGCUAACGAACUCUCUGAAAGAUGUGCCAGAUACACAAGAAGUGACUCUAAACAGGGAGAUGGUAAAGAUGUAAAGAGGUGGUACUGGCCACUAGUGAAGUGUGUGACUCUCAAGGUGCCAAACAACGAUUUCCUCCAACAUGUCACACUUGUGGACCUUCCUGGAAAUGGUGACCGCAACAAGAGUCGAGACGAGAUGUGGAAACAAAUUGUUGGAGAUUGUUCUACUGUGUGGAUUGUAACUGAGAUUAAUCGAGCAGCAUCAGAAAAAGAAGCCUGGGAGAUCCUGGAAAGUGCCAGCAGCCUCAUUGGAAAUGGUGACAAAUGUCGGCAAAUUCACUUUAUCUGCACUAAGUCAGAUCAGAUUGAAGAUUCAGAUGAUUAUUCAUCCACUCAGCUCCAUAAACGUAUAGUUGAAAGAAACAUGCAGGUCAAGGAAGAAGUGAGGAAAGAAUUCAGCAAGCUGAACGAAAUUAAGAAACACUUCACUGAUGACUGUUUCAAAGUGUUCACAGUGAGCUCCAAAGAGUUUGUAAAAAAGAAGUGCUUAAAUCCAGAUGAAACUGAAAUACCCAAACUUCAGGAUUUUUUGAAAGAUCUCAACGACUGUCACUCAGAAACCUUAAACUACGUGUCUGGAGCUCACGGGAUUCUGUCUUUGAUUCAAGGGGCCAACUGCAGAGGAGUGAAACACAUCCUGGAGACACUGCAGAAAACCAUGAAGGAAUCGAUCGAACUCUCACUCAAUGCUGAUGACUGCUCGCUUCCAGAUGUUUCAGCAGCGCUUGUAAUGGUGAAGGACCAUUAUAAUGAACUUGGAAGCAGUCCAGAUAACAGAUGAAGGAAUCUCAUUAGCUGGAUAAACAUUAAUAGGUCUUUUUUUUUUAUUAUUAACUAUUUUUGUUAUUAAUGAUAUUAGUGUUUCUUUUAAUUACAUGAGGGUUUAUCAACCUAGAAGCUGCAUCUAUGACAAAUUAGCUUUUAGUGAUGCCACUAUAGAAAACUGUGACUUUUAGCAAAUUUUUGUGUUUUAGUGUGAGUUUUACAAACAUUUGAAAUUAAGGAAACAUGGUACUGCACUGCUGAAAAAAAAUAAAUAAGGGAACACUUUUUAAUCAGAGUGUAGCAUCAAGUCAAACUUCUGGGACGGUCAUCUGGUCAGAUAGCAGAGAGGGUUGUUAAUUAGUUUCAGCUGCUUUGGUGUCGAUUAAAUUAUUAACAAGUGCACUGGAGGGGCAACAAUGAAACAACCGCGAAACAGGAAUGGUUUUACAGCUGGAGGCCACUGAGAUUUUUUCCCUCCUCAUAUUUUCUCACUGUUUUUCACUAGUUUUGCAUUUGGCUAGGCUCCGUGUUACUAUUGGUAGCAUGCAGAGGUUGCACAGGUAGUCAAAGUUCUCCAGGAUGGCACAUCAAUACGUGCCAUUCCCAAAAGGUUUGCUGUGUCUCCCAGCACAGUCUCAAGAGCAUGGAGGAGAUUCCAGGAGACAGGCAGUUACUCUAGGAGAGCUGGACAGGGUCGUAGAGGGUCUUUAACCCAUUAUCAGGACAGGAAUAUGCUUCUUUCUAUAAGGAGGAACAGGAUGAGCACUGCCAGAGCUACAAAAUGACCUGCAGCAGCUCACUGCUGUGAAUGUCUCUGGCAAAACAAUCAUAAACAGACUUCAUGAGGGUGGCCUAAGGGCCCAAUGUCCUCUAGUGGGCCCUGGCUCACUGCCCGGCACCAAUUGGUAUUUG